CGCGGAUCCUUCUGGUGGGGGUUGGGAGGCGUCCUAGCGCUCCCUGGGUCGUCGCCGUGCUUUGAAGCGCAAUUCCGGCCGUCGGAACACCGCGCGUUCCGAGAGAACGCGCUACAAACCCGGCACAAGGAGACAAAAGCAACUCGAUUAUUAGACAGACUUAUAGACAGCAAACACGCAAUCGUAGCGAUCACGGCGUCCGAGCAAUCACGCCACGCGCCCACGAACGCGUCUCAAUGCGGGCGGACGCCCGCUCGCGCGACCAAAACAAAUCGACUGUGAGGCUUGGUCACUUGGGCAUCACUGAGUCUUGCCGACAUCGUGCGAGGCCGACGCGGCCGCGCUGACCGGCGCGUGGUGCUCACCGCUCUCGCCACGCAGGUACCUAGCACAAUGGCCUCCUACUCCACGAUGAACACAGUGCCCGCCGCCGACGUCGAAUCGGAGACGCCGGUCCUGAGCCGCGACAUCAAGGUCAACGCCAAGACGCUUAUCGGCGGCGCCGCCGCCGCGGCGUUCGUCCUCGGUAUGCUCGCCGCGACCGCGGUUACAUCUCAAGCUUCCCGCGCGCCCGCGUCUUUUAUGUCGCGCUCGCACGACUGCCACCGGUAUUGGCCACGAGUGGAAAGGCUACUGCGUCAACCGUAAUGCUCACUCCUGAAGUGAGCCAAAAGCAGCAGAAGAUCUGGAAAGCAUCUCCCCGCACGUGAGAAAAACUGGUCGGGCGCUGCCGCCAACAAGAAUCC